AGUAUCACUUUGUUAAAGCUGCUGAUCGGACGUGAUUUUCUCCUAUAAUUGCGCCGAAAUAAGCAACAAAAAAUAUAUAUAUCAAUUGGCUGACUACAUCAAUUUAACCCUAACUACACACCCGACACUAGUUUAUUAGUCGAGCAACAGCUGAACGAAGACGUAGACGCGUUACACAGUGAUUAGCUCAAUACGCACACAUAGAUAUAUCUGUGUGCACACGCCAUACAUACAUGUGCAUAUGUAUGUAUAGGUCCGCUUAUACGACUGUUACAGUCGUCGUCCCCGUCGUCGUGGCUUCCACUUCCAUUUUAACUUUAACUAAAUAAAACAAAUUAAGCGCUCGCGCAACGUCAACGCAAGACGUGUACGAAAAAGACAAAAAUCGAAUAAAAAAUAUAAUAUAUUUAAAUAUAAUCAAAAAUCUGUAAAAAGUCAUCCAAGGCGCAUGCACAGAUAUUUCAGCAGCGGAUCGUUCUUAAAUCAGAUCUUAAAUCAUGGCCAGUGAGCAACUCCCAGUUGAUGGGGCAGCAGCAGCCGCCGUUAGUGGAGACGAGCCCUUCCUGGGAUUACUUGAUGUGGCACUGCUGGCAGUGCUGAUCGGCGGUGCGGCCUUUUAUUUUCUGCGCAGUCGCAAGAAGGAGGAGGAACCUGUGCGCAGCUAUUCCAUACAACCCACCACAGUGAGCACCACGGCAUCGACGGAUAAUUCGUUUAUCAAGAAACUGAAGGCAUCGGGUCGCAGUUUGGUUGUUUUCUAUGGCUCACAGACGGGCACAGGCGAAGAAUUUGCUGGGCGUCUGGCCAAGGAGGGCAUUCGUUAUCGGCUUAAAGGCAUGGUUGCUGAUCCCGAGGAAUGUGACAUGGAGGAACUGCUGCAGCUGAAGGACAUUGAGAACUCUUUGGCGGUCUUCUGUUUGGCCACCUAUGGCGAGGGAGAUCCCACUGAUAAUGCCAUGGAAUUCUAUGAGUGGAUUACCAGCGGCGAUGUCGACCUAUCGGGUCUGAAUUAUGCGGUAUUUGGUCUGGGCAACAAAACCUACGAGCACUACAAUAAAGUCGCGAUCUAUGUGGAUAAGCGUCUGGAGGAACUGGGCGCCAAUCGUGUCUUUGAGCUGGGUCUGGGCGACGAUGAUGCCAACAUUGAGGAUGACUUCAUCACGUGGAAGGAUCGCUUCUGGCCCGCCGUCUGUGAUCACUUUGGCAUUGAGGGAAGCGGCGAAGAGGUGCUGAUCCGGCAGUAUCGCCUGCUGGAACAGCCCGAUGUGCAGCCGGAUCGCAUUUACACGGGUGAAAUUGCCCGUUUGCAUUCGAUGGAGAAUCAGCGUCCACCGUUUGAUGCCAAGAAUCCCUUCCUGGCUCCCAUUCGUGUCAAUCGGGAGCUGCACAAGGGCGGCGGUCGCUCUUGCAUGCACAUCGAGCUGAACAUUGAUGGCUCCAAGAUGCGUUACGAUGCCGGUGAUCAUGUGGCAAUGUAUCCAAUCAACGACAAGUCGCUGGUGGAGAAACUUGGACAAUUGUGUACGGCUGAUUUGGACACGGUGUUCUCGCUAAUCAACACCGAUACGGACAGCAGCAAGAAGCAUCCAUUCCCCUGUCCCACCACUUAUCGCACCGCUUUGACGCAUUACUUGGAGAUAACUGCCAUACCUCGUACGCACAUCCUGAAGGAGUUGGCCGAAUACUGCACGGAUGAGACGGACAAGCAGCUGCUGCGCAGCAUGGCCUCCCUGACGCCCGAGGGCAAGGAGAAGUACCAAAGCUGGAUUCAGGAUGCCUGCCGUAAUGUGGUGCACAUUUUGGAGGACAUCAAGUCCUGCAAGCCGCCAUUGGAUCAUGUCUGUGAGCUGUUGCCACGUCUGCAGCCACGUUACUAUUCCAUUUCAUCGUCCGCCAAACUACAUCCCACGGAUGUGCAUGUUACGGCUGUGCUCGUUGAAUACAAGACGGCCACGGGUCGUAUUAACAAAGGCGUUGCCACCACGUAUCUCAAGCACAAGCAACCCAAGGAUGGCGGUGAGGAGGUCAAGGUUCCUGUCUUCAUACGCAAAUCGCAAUUCCGAUUGCCCACAAAACCCGAGACGCCCAUCAUAAUGGUGGGUCCGGGCACGGGUCUUGCUCCCUUCCGUGGCUUCAUCCAAGAGCGUCAGCAUCUGCGUGAUGAGGGCAAAACGGUGGGAGAGUCUGUGCUUUACUUUGGCUGCCGCAAGAGCAGCGAAGAUUACAUCUACGAGACCGAGCUGGCGGAGUGGGUCAAGAAGGGCACGCUCAACCUGAAGGCAGCUUUCUCACGUGACCAGGAGAAGAAGAUUUACGUACAGCAUUUGCUGGAACAGGAUGCGGAUCUAAUAUGGGAUGUGAUUGGCGAGAAGAAGGGACACUUUUACAUUUGCGGUGAUGCCAAGAACAUGGCCGUAGAUGUUAGAAAUAUUCUGACGAAAAUCUUGUCCACAAAAGGCAAUAUGAGCGAGCCGGAUGCCGUGCAGUAUCUGAAGAAGAUGGAAGCACAGAAACGCUACUCAGCCGAUGUCUGGAGUUAAUCGCUUCAAUCCAUCAUUCUCGCCUCCCCCCUCUCACUCAGCAUUGGUCAAGUCGCGGAACAAAGGAACACAGCAAUGAAUAACUAGAAGCCGCACAUUUACAUAAGCGUAAAGUCGUACAGUUUUAGUUAAUUAAGCUAUAUAAAUUAAUUAUAUAAAUCGGUUUGGGAACUCCAGCUGCGGUUCAACAAACAGCGUUUAUGUAACGAUUAUGCCUAAUUCUAGUGUUAAAUUGAUUGAUUAUAUAAAUAUUACGAUGAUGAGAAUGCCUUUAAAUAAUAUUGUGAGAAAAUAAUUGAUGUGAGAUAUUGAUAUUGAUGAUUGUAAUAAUUAUAAGUAGUUCUUUUUGCAUGUAUGCAAUUGAGUUGAAAUGUUGAAAUGUUUUUACGCAGCAUUUUUAUUUAAUUUGCGUAUUUUCUAUGGUGAUUUCAUAAACACAAGAGACAAUUUGUGCAAUUUUAAACAACAUAAAAUUGUAUUUUAUAUAAACGAAUAAAAAAAUAUUUUAC